AUGGCCGACACAGAAGAGCCUCAGUUCAAUACUUUGGCUGAGCGUAUUGCAGCUCUCAACAAACAAAAGAGUUUCACUGGAGCGCAAACCCCGACUCCAAGUCCAGGCGCGGGACCUCGCAAAAGACCCCCUCCACCUCCACCUCCUGGCCGUCCAGCCAUUGAAGCCAGAAGCCAAACGGUGCCCAUUAUUUCGACCACUCCAACGAGCCCCGCCUCCGCUUCCAAGCCGGACCCCGUCUAUGCAGUCUACGCCGACCUUACCACCAAGGCGCACCUCGACCCAAUCCAGUCUGAUGGUGAGGCGCCUCCUUCGUCAGUGACCAGCAUCAACUCAGAUGGUCCAGGUUACAAGGUGCCCCCGGCUUAUGAUCCCUCGAGCCUUCCAAAGCUCCCGCCCUCGAGAAGAGAGAAAGAAACCGCAGCGAAGGAGGCAAGGAGGCCUAGUCGUGCUCCGCCAUCACCACAACCGCCACCACUUGCUAUUGAACCUGCACCCCCAGCUCGACCUUGCCUCCCACCAAGGCUACCUUCGCGCCCGGCAAAACCACAAGCAAAUUCUACCCCUGAACCAGAAGUGGCAUCUCAACCCAGGAGAAUACCGUCCAGGCCAUCAGGGAACACGAAAGUCAGGGCACCGAUGAUCCUCGGAUUUAAUAACAAAGACAAGACUGAAGACGUCCGACCAACACUACCCACCCGGCCAACAGUCUCAAGCCAUCCACAGUCACAGUCAGGAGACGAGCCACCCCCUGUGCCACUCGCUUCUCGACCUUCAGUCGCUCAGAUUGAAGCUUUCGAGACGCAGACCAGCGCCCCAGCGGCGCCAGUAUAUGGAUGUCUAAUAUGCCGAGAUUGGAGCGGCCCUGAUGCCGUUGCUGCGCAGUAUCCUCGAACAUCGGUGCCAAGAAACGACCCUGUUGGUUACCUGGCACAAGUGCUUUGUGACCCUUUCCCCUCAUAUACGGACAAGGCGCGGGCAAUCUUUACCUGGUUCCAUUAUAACAUUAACUAUGAUGUUGCUGCGUUCUUCGGCAACAACAUAAGGCAUAUGACAGCGGAAGACACCAUUUUUACCGGGAGAGCUGUAUGCGCAGGUUAUGCCGAGACCUACAAAGCUAUUGCCAACAGAGCUGGCCUUGAGUGUGUGGUUGUUACUGGCCACGGAAAGGGCUAUGGCCAUACUCCACUCAAGAAGGGUGAGCGCCCUCCUCCAGCGAAGCCAGAUGGACACGCCUGGAACGCGGUGCGAAUUGACGGCGGUGACUGGAAACUUCUGGACGCUUGUUGGGGCGCUGGCCAUCUCAGCGGGCAGGAUUACGAGGCCAAGUUCUCGCCUUUACAAUUUACGAAUGCCAAUGAGGAUUUUGGACUCAGACAUUUCCCAGCUGACUCACGACAUCAGUUCCGGGCUGACGGUCAGCCUGUAACAUGGGCAACCUACUACACAGGAGGAAUUGAUGGCGAGCCCCACGCUACGUGUUCCACCACAGCUGAAGAAGGCAUCGCCGAUUCCAGUAUAGAGCCUAGGCAACGCCAUAUCUCCAUCGAUAGCGGAGAGGUUGUUCGUUUCCAGUACUCCAAGGUAUGCGAGCAUUGGACAAAAGAAAAAUGUGGUGGCAAGGAGCGUUUGGUGCUCCUCUGCCUCCCUCGAGGUGAAGGCCAGAAGGAAGAGAUGAUACCCCUGGAAACAAACGGAUUCUGGUACUGGCUGGAUGUUGAUGCAAGAGACCUGGGUCCUCGGGGUAAGUCGGUGCGAUUACUUGUCCUGACGAAGUUCGGAGAUCGUGAGGACGCGAGGGGAGUCACAGGCAAAGAAUUUCUCGCCAAGUUCGGCAGAUGCGCAAUGGGCUGGUCGUACCUUGUUACAUGGGAUUUGGUCUAA